CGAUAGGCAAGUUUUAUUUGAUACUUCAAUUAGUACAGUUAUCGCGCACCUUUAACUGACUCGAGAUUUUUUUUUUUUUGUAUUACAAUUUUUCAAUUUUUAACCCUGUUUCCAUAACAAGCGUUGGGUCCUUUUUUUAUCGACAGCGCUUGUUGUUUUAUUGUGUGGUCCUUUGGGUUGGUUGGAGUUCUGUGAAAAGUUAAUCCCAAACAUAGCCUAUCUCUACAUACACCUACCCUAUCCACAACCCAACCAUAGUAUCUACGCGAGAGCUCUCUCAAUACACAAGGCAUUGAGGAUGAAAUAUUUGUUGGUGUUUUUUGUCUUUGGUGUCCUUUGUGGGGCGAGUGUCCUUUGCCAAAAAGUUGAACCACGUCGAGAUGAAACGUAUCCACCACCAGAAUUAUUAGAGCUUCUACGUCCUGUACAUGACGUGUGUGUAAAAAAGACCGGAGUUACCGAAGAGGCAAUCAAGGAAUUUAGUGACGGAGAUGUUCAUGAGGAUGAAGCCCUUAAAUGCUACAUGUACUGUGUAUUUGACCAAACAAAUGUUCUGCAUGCUGACGGUGAAGUUCAUUUGGAAAAAUUGCACGAUAUGCUGCCAGAUUCAAUGCAUGACAUAGCUCUGCACAUGGGCAAGAGAUGUCUCUAUCCCAAGGGUGAUACGACGUGUGAGAGAGCUUUUUGGUUGCAUAAAUGCUGGAAGCAAGCUGAUCCCAAGCAUUAUUUCAUCAUAUAAAGCUUGGCGAUAUGAAGAGACUCACUGACAUAAAACAAACGAGUUACUCGUGACAUGAAGGUAUAUUUUUAAAUGGACUAUGCUACAGGACUCCGUGAUUUUUUUUGUUUUAAGUUUUUAAUGAAAAUUAUUGUUUUUUGUUUUUAAAUUAUUUAUUAUUUUUAAAUAUGAUUUUAUCGCAGAA